AUGGGCGACUUUAAUGCCAAAAUAGGCCAACCUAGAGCAGAUGAAUACUUGAUAAUGAAAUCAAACGGAUAUGGCGAAAGAAAUGACAGAGGACAAAGACUUAUUGACUUCGCGCUCGAAAAUAAAAUAGCAAUUUUAAAUACGUAUUUCAAAAGAAAAUUAAACCGUACAUGGACAUGGCGGUCACCUAAUGGAGAAUAUAAAAACGAAAUUGAUUAUAUUUUGUCAAACAGACCGGGUAUGGUACAAAACAUUGAUGUAUUAAAUCUUAAUUUUUCUUCAGAUCAUAGACCAGUUAGAGCAACAAUAACAAUGUCAAAAAUAAAAAAGAACCGAACUGGAUUUAAAAAUAAACAAACUGUACAUUGA